AUGUCUCCAACAGGUAACAAGAUCCCCACUGAAUCAUCUAGUCCAGCCAACCCCAGUCUAAGCCGCUCCUACAAGGAAGCUAGCAGCAGCCGGUGGCAACUAGAAGCCCUCUUCCAGACAUUCUUGGAGGACAGACCGGCCGAUACUGUCCUUGCUGUUCAAGAACGACGCCUUCUCAUUUCCUGGGACCUUAAGGCAAUCCAUUACUUGAGAAAAUGCUUGAGGACCUGGAUUCUGGACAAGGUCCCAGGUGACGCGAUCGGUGCAUUCCUCGUGACUGUCUUGUACGAACAAGACUUUCAUCUGGAUUAUCGACUGACCAUGAUGGUGAGAGAUGGGGAAACCCAGCUGCACAUUGCUCGUCGUUUGUUGGCAUUCUAUCAAAUCCGAGAUGAAGAAGGCGAUCCGCUCUGGGAUAAUGUGACCAUCUAUGCCGAAGACGCUCACCCGAAACCAUCAGUUGGUCAGGGAAAUGGUGCUGCAGGAAGACCUGCUGCCACGAAGGGACUUCCUCGUAUCCCUACAUCACCGCCUGCUGAUCCGAGAUGGCCCUUCUUCAUAGGUGCGCUUAGCGACCCCGAGGUUGAAGACCUCAUGGACAAGUUAGGAGACGACGACCAGCAUGCAGAGGAAUAUUUGCCUCCCUUGUUCACCGGUGUGAGUAAGGAAGAUAUUCCCAUCAUCCAGGCGUUUCGGAGCUUCAAUUUCCACAAGAAUGAUUACUCCGAGGACAUUCCCCUAUCUGAGCCUGGGUCCGAUCAGAUUGAACAUAUAUCGAAGCAGACUGACACAUCACAGGAUAAGCCCUUACCUCCCGUUUCCAUGAAGAAGCCUCUCUCAAUCCUACCCACGGACAAGGCUCUUUCCGCUCAUAAAUCCCCCCUCCCCCUCCCCCUCCCGCCCCUUUCAUGCCCCUCAAGCCCAAAUCCCUCAUUUGUACGUGUGUCGACUUUCAAGGCAGAAAAGAAGAUUAAAACAAAGGAUACGACGGGUCUACUUUCGUCCAGCAGAGCUCGCCCGAAGCCCCCCGUUAACGUCGACGACAACCAGCACCCUCCUCGUCCCUCAGACACUGUUCAUGUUUUUAUUCGAAGUCCUUGGCACUAUAAUAUUCCCCCGUCCCCUCCUCAACUAAAGAAGAAAGCCGGAGUCGAAGACUUGCGCAAGGCCCGAGAGCGUGGUGCUUGA